GUAGAACUUGCAAAAAGAUGGCAUCUUCAGAACAGGGUCAACAGAUUGAUCUCGGCGACCUCGACCUUCCUCAACUUCAGCAAGUCAAAUCACAGCUUGAGGAGGAACUUUCGCAUUUGACGCAAUCAUAUAGCCAGCUCAGAGGAGCUCAAGCUCGAUUCAAUGACUGUAAAGACAGUGUUGAUACCUUGAAGACGGAAAGAGCGGAAGACAAAACCAUCCUCGUCCCUUUGACUUCAUCAUUAUACGUCCCCGGAAAGCUUUCAAAUGUUGAAACGGUCAUUGUUGAUGUUGGAACAGGUUAUUUUGUUGAAAAGUCGGUCGCCGAUGCUUCCAAGUUUUACAAAGAGAAAAUUGACUACGUCAAAGCCAGCGCCGCAAAGCUCCAAGAAACGAUUACCAGCAAACAGAGUAAUGUUAGAGCUUUGGUUAACGUGAUGCAAGAUAAAAUCCAAGAACAACAGAAAAACUAAUCCUGACUGAUAUCCAGGGCCAUUCUAUUUUGACCUCAUUCAUAUAAUAAAAUCAAAAACUAUUUCAUUGCUACUUGGAAA